CAUAAAUGUGUUUUGGAUAUAACCUAACAUAACCUUAAUUAUUUUAAUAAACAUGUCUCAAAAAAUUCACAUCCGAUUAGCGACGAACAGAGUGAAUACGAAUGUAACUAUAAAUAACAGAAUUCCUCCAAUAUUUACGCCUGGACAGAUAAUUACUCCUCAAAAUGAAUUUAUGAGAGGACAUGGAACUUAUGAAGAAGACGGUAAUUUAAAGUCAUCCGUUGCUGGAGUCAGGGAACAAGUUAAUAAUUUGAUAUCAAUACGUCCAUUAAAAAGUAGGUAUAAUGGGGAGGUUGGUGAUGUCGUUGUGGGUAGAAUAACAGAAGUACAGCAAAAGAGAUGGAAAGUGGAAACAAAUUCAAAAUUAGAUUCUGUCUUACUUUUAUCAUCAGUCAACUUACCAGGUGGUGAACUGAGAAGAAGGUCAGUAGAAGAUGAACAUAUGAUGAGGCAGUAUCUCCAAGAAGGUGAUUUAAUUAGUGCAGAAGUUCAAAGUGUGUUUACAGAUGGAUCACUUUCUUUACACACAAGAAGUUUAAAGUAUGGAAAGUUAGGUCAAGGUACUAUGGUCAAAGUAUAUCCAUCUUUAAUUAAAAGAAGUAAAACACAUUUUCAUAAUUUGCCAAUUGGUGCAAGUGUAAUUUUGGGAAAUAAUGGUUUCAUAUGGAUUUGUCCAUCUAUCAAUAAUUCAGAGGAUAGUGUUGGAGGGUUUAUACAAAAUUUAGAAGAGGUUAUUCCAAGACAAGAAAGGGAAACCAUAGCAAGGUUACGCAACUGUAUCUUAGCAUUAACACAAAGUAAAAUGUUGUUAUAUGAUACAAGUAUUCUUUAUGCAUUUGAAGAAUCUAUGAAGUACCAAGUUGCUGAACUAUUAGUGCCUGAGGCAAUGGUAGAUGUUGCCCUUUUGACACAACAAAGAUUGUGUAUGAUUGAUGCUGAUUAAGGACAAUAUAAAUUUAAUAAACUUGUUUUUCAUAAUAAAUCCCAAUUUUGUUAAUUGAAUUAAUUGAAUAUGAUAUUUUGGGAUGACAUUUUUAAAAGUUGUUAUUAAUUGAAAGAAUUGCGUUUUCACAAUAAAUUUCUUAAAGAAUUGGCAAUAAAAUCUAAUGGUUACAUGUUUGAUUAAAUAUUAUAUAAUACAUAA